UAAUUAAAAACAAAUCAAAAUGAACUUUACUAAAUUAUUUGUCUUUGUUGCCUUUGUUUUGGCUGUCUUUGUUGGUCAGAGUGAAGCAGGAUGGUUGAAAAAGAUUGGCAAGAAAAUUGAACGUGUUGGACAACAUACCCGUGAUGCUACCAUUCAAACUAUUGGCAUUGCCCAGCAGGCAGCAAAUGUGGCUGCAACAUUGAAGGGGAAAUGAAACAUUUUUUAGUAAUAUAAGAAACA